CACUGCCUGCCGCUCUGGCUGCUCUACAUGGAGCUGGAGCUGCGCACCGGCGGCGCGGAGCUGGAGGCCAUCUGCUACCGCGCAGUACAGGCGUGCCCCUGGUCCAAGCAUGCGCACCUGUACCUGGCCGGCCGCCAGCUGGCGCGCGCCUGCGACCUGAUGUCGCGCGCCGGCCUCCGCCUGCGCCUGCCGCUAGAGGAGCUUGAUCUCCUGCUGGAAGAAGAGCCGGAGCUAGCGGCGGAGAGAGCCGCCGAGGAAUCGGAGAGAGCCGCAGAGCUGGCGGAUAGAGCGCUACGCACGGAGGGAGGGCGGACGGGGACGGCGAAAGCCAGCCGCUCGGACCUGGAGACGGACGGCGACUCCGAGUCGGCGGACGGAGAAUCGCUGUCGGUGAGCGACAGUGACUCUGAGUCGUUGAAGAGUCAUGAUUCGGCGAGAGGUGGCGAGUCGGAUGUGGGCGAGGGAAGCGUCGGAGAGCUGGCCCGACUCGAAGACUAAAUGCCUCCGUGUCGGUGGUGACUCAGACACUGACUCACGGCAUGGUGGGUCGGUGUCUGGCGAGAAAGCAUCGGAUGCGCUGCACUGCCUGCGCCGGCCGUCGCAGUGCGGUCUAAGGCAGAGGUACACGCGACGAAUUCGUGGGAGCGUGCGAGCCGCUCUCGUCGGUCACUUGGCAAGGUGUUCGGACGCUUGUGGUGCCCACAGUUUAAGACUAUCUGUGGCAGUUGCGGUACUGUCUGUUUGCGCACACAAGCGUCGUUAAAACGUACUGCAUUGUCAUCCUGUUCCAUUGAAGACAUGUUAUCGUGCCAUGCAGUAUUGGUGAGCGCCUGUUCGCUGCGAAAUAAAAAAGAGUCGGUACAU